CGUCCGAAGAAAUCCUGCGUGGGGUUUUGAAAUCCCCAAGGUCGUAGCGUCGAUUUGUUUUGUAUUCGUAUGUGUUCAUUUGAUUAUAUUUCUCCAAUGAACUUGUAAUGAACAAGUUUCUACCAACAUCUCAAAUUGAUUGGCUUCUUAUGGAUAAACCGACGGUCGACCCUAUUCUGUUAGGACUCGAUGAACAUAAUGAUAAUGGUAUGCAAGAAAUAAAUGAGUUGUUCUCAAACACAUGUGAAGACCUUCAUAGGAAAGAGCAUUAUGUUGCUGAUUCCUCCAAUCAAUUUGAAGUAGAUGGAGGUUCUUGUGUUGAUUCGGAAUGCCAUGAACCGUGGGAGACUAAUUUUUGUUCAUCUGGAAUAAAUGUGACAACAUCUGGAACACCAAGGUAUAAAUCUAGCAUAACCGCUGGUGUCACCAAGCCAUCUCAGAGUACACUGAAAGUAAUGUAUGAUGAACGUGACGUUUUUGGCACCAUGAAAUGCGACGAGCCAGCUUAUCAGUCUUGCGAGGGAGUUGCAAAAACUGUUGACAGACACAACGCUCUUAAGUAUUCCAGAAGUUUGACCCCUACGGAACCAUUUAUUAAGCGACGUUUGACAACUCAGGAAGUACCCGAACAUUCACCUAUAAGUACGGCUAUCCACUGCCAUUUUAGAGAUACAGGGCCUUUAAACUCAUUUGGCCUAUUCCAAUCUUCUAAUAAAACUAAUGACUCCCUAACCUUACGCUCUGAUUUCCCUAAUCUUGAGGUUGGUUCUUUCGCCCCACUUACAGAACCUUCAUGUAUGUUUUCAACUCCCACGGUUAUGCCUUCUGUAGAUUCUUUGAAUCAUCGCGAAACAUCUGAAGUCGAUUCUCAAAUAUUAAAAGAAACGGAAAAAGUAUCUCCGAAUUCCAGUCCUGUUUGUCGUCGACCUGGCCUUUUGAAAGGAUCGGGCCCUUCCUCUCCUUCUGCUGCUCAUCAUUGCAGUCUAUGUGGUAAACAAUAUCGUCAUGUUGCUUCUUUAAGAAAUCAUAUGCGUAAGCAUACAACAGGAGCGUUUACUUCGAAGCGAUAUAAGUGCAACCACUGUGUGUAUUCAAGCCAGUACCAUCGUAACGUGAUCAAACAUAUGGAAGCAACUCAUCGUGAUCAUGAAGCACUCUCAACAAACAACAUGACUGUUUUUCCUGAAAUGGGUUCCGCCCCGUGUGAUUCAGUCGCUUCUGAUGACUUGAAGUUGGAUUUUAUUAACUCUCGCGUUUGGAUUCCAUGUACCAAAGCUGAGCCAAAUGCCUGUUGUACCAUGUCUGGUACAACUGAUUCCAAAGACUUCCCAAUCUUUUCAAAUGUUGAGCAAUCCACGGGUUUUCCAGCUCCAAACCUAGAACCUCAUAUUGUUUCGCGUCAAAUAUCAUCAAAUUAUGGCUCUAGAAUGGCGAACAAGCAUUAUGAAAGCGAUCAUGUUGGUAAUUCAGGGACAGUAAUGAUCCCUAAUGAUGCCUCUAAAUCCUAUCGAUGUGAAAUUUCAGGUUGUGAUCAGGCAUUCCAGUCUGUUAAAUAUCUAUCAAAUCACAUAAAGGAUUCACAUCGGGAUAUAAAGAGAUUCAAAUGUCCACUUGAAGGGUGCUCAUUUUGUGGGCUACGUCGUAUGCACCUCAAACGCCAUAUUACCGAGUUUCACAGUGAUAAAAAGCUAUCACUGUACAAAAUGUUGGACCAAAAUCGGCUUAAUCAUGAGCCGUAUAAUUCUGUCCAACCUGUAAUGAUGUAUGGUAGACAGGAAGGUCUUUCACUCAAUGUACCAAAAUUAUCCGACAGUCAACCAUUAAAACGGCAAUGUUACAAUUCUCAGAUGAAUAAUUAUGUCCCUUUGGAUCCUUCUUAUGCUAGUGACAACUCGUACCACGAUCCUAGCUGCCGUGGGAGUGAUGUAUAUUCCUUUCCGAUGUCAGGUUUUUCACAUCCAUCUGGAGAUUGUUGUGUCUCGGAAGACACUGAUAGUAUGUUAUUCAGUCACACAGCCUCUAAAAGCUUCGAGCAGAAACCUCAUUCAUAUAUCCGUAUGUCAAGUCAAAUCAAUAGACCCUUUGGAAAUACGUCUAGUAGUAAUAUGCCGUUCCAUAAUGAACAACGUGUAUCUGUGAACAAAGCGCGUUCAAUUAACCCUUCGAGCGAUUUUCAUAUCCAGUCUCCAUACCCUCUGUCCGUAUCAAACCAGUCAGCUCAUUAUCACCAACGUGAUCCAAAUACAUUGGACAAUGAUCUUCAGUUAUCAUGUGAAAUUGUGAAUAGCGAGUCUCUGCAGAAACAGCAGGAAUUCUUCUCACAAAAUGCCGUCUAUUCUAAUGUAAAAUCACUGUCUUUUAGUUCAAAUGACCCAUCUACUAAUCGUAUGACUGAACCUGAUGUAGUUGAACAGCUUUUAGAUUCGACAAGUGCUCCGAAUAUAGUUUUGGACCAGAUUCUGUGUGAACCAAUUGAACCAAAUAAAGAUGAUGAAGUUAGAGUUGAAACAUCCACAUUGUCUACUGCAACUGUCAAUACCUCUCAAAUCUCUCCUUUGAAUUCCAAAGUUCUGUCCAAUAAUGUAAAAAGUUCUGUAUCUGGAGCAAAUAUGUCAAUCAACAUUGUACAUACUAGCAACAUGCUCUCAGAGACUGAUGCAUUCUUAUCCGAUUUACAAGAAAUCCUCGAACGUGACAUGCCCAUGCUGACAUCUUCAACACCUAAGGGUCUUGAUUCUUCAGAGCUUGUUUUAGUCACUGUCAAAGAAGCUAUUUCUGAGUCGAAAUCUCCCACUGGAAUAACUGGAUGUAAGCUAACAAGCACAUCGUCACUACCAAGCACUGACUCUGGGCAUGAAUGUUGGAGCAGUAGCAGCAGUUGCAGUGUUGGUCCUACUAAUGCUUCCACAUGGGGUCAGCAAGAAGCUACAACUCCUUUAAAAGUUUCUUCUCCGUCUUCGUCUUCAUAUCCAUCUAACCAGCCUUCUGGAACAAAUCACUCAACUCCUAGUAUUUUUGAUAAUCAGGUUACAGAGCAAAUUAUCAAUGAACAGUUCUCUGAUCAUGAUUCUCAUGACCAACUGUCAAGCAAAUGUUCCAAUACUCUCCACUGUGCAGCUAUUACCGUUGAUGGCAUGCCAGUCACUCCACAAAUGUCAUCAGUCGUCGGAUCACAUCAUACAUUACCUUUAAAGUCAAAUAAGAAUGUUCGCUUAAACAAUGCCAGUCAACUUUUUCAUGGUCAUUCAUCUUAUCCUCAUAGUACUAACUUCGUUCAAAAUUCCCAAUCUCCUACUUAUAAUUCUGAAAAUCCCCGUCUACAAUAUUCACAGGAUCAUAGUGCUUCCAACCAAAUCUCUUCUAUGUACAGAUUUUCAGGUGAUCAGUCAAUGAAUCAACAAAGUUCUGUCCCAUUUUACUCAAGUCAUAAUUCUUAUGUGUCAAGUGAUUUAACGUCCAAUCAAACAAUGUUCAGUUGUCAGCAAAAUGAAGCUCAACAGAUGUGUCAGUAUUCAUUUAAUCCAUCAUCCUUACAUUCAGAGCCAACUUAUCAUUCCUCCUACGUUCAGCCAAAAUAUCAGAACUAUAGACAUAAUGAGACUGAUGUACGACUAACACCGUUCAAGAACUAUCCACCCAACCCUCAGGAGCAGGUUUACUGGCAGCCAAAUGCUAAGUAUCGUACAGACUUCUACGAACAAAUGCCUAACAAUCCUCCUAUAUCAUGCCGCAAUAUAGUUUUUAAUACACAUGAAUCAUAUCCUUUUGAAAAUUCAAUGCCUUAUUCACAAAACAGCUCAAUAUCAACGCGAGUUACUGACUCUAUACUUAGUGAUAAUGAAAAUAAAUCUACGCAUAAUCUUCGACAUUCGGAUCAAUUAUCUAUUCAGAAUUCCACUUGUCCUACUCCAAAAUAUGUUAACUUUCCAGAUACAGAUAAUCUCCCUUGUGAUAGAACUUUUCAAACAACUCAACAGCCGGUUAGUAAACGUUGGCCUACUCAAGAACAACAUUUAUUUAAUCCUUAUAGUUCAUAUCCUUCGUCAAACUAUACUCAUAAUCUGCAAAUGACAUCCCCGAUGUAUCCAGUUAGGCAACCACCCAUACAUUCCAUUUCACGUGUUAGAUCAGAAGAUUCCAAUUCGUGUAUAAAUUCAUCAAACCGUAUACAAAAUCAUGGAUCUUAUUUUUCAAAUCAGCCUCCUUCAGCUUCACAAUAUUUCUCAAAUUCUGCUUGUUAUUCACAAUCACGUUCAAGUCAUGUUUUUUCACCUCAUUCCCAGUAUACACCAUCUCAAUCUGUUUAUCGUGACAUGUCACAACAUGAAAACUACCUUAUUGGUGAUAGGCGUUAUUGCACUUCACAAUCCAACUCAACUAUCCAAGCAAAUAUUAGACAUUCGAACAUGGGAGCUAUUGGAAAUUGGUCUGUGGACAAAAAUUCAUCUUAUUCAGGAAAUCAACAAGACACUAUAAUUCCACAAGGAAUCAACAAUACUAAUGUAGUUGGCUAUUCAACAGAAUCUAAUCCAGCUAAUAUUGAUCAACAUCCAGAUAGCUGUCAACAAUUCAUACCCAAUCCACAAAAUUCACAUUUCAUUUCAGACUCAGUGGAUCAUGUGAACUCGUCGUUGGAUAAUCCAUCGUCUAGACCACUAUGUGAAUAGUGUGCUGUAGAAAACACAAAUAUCGUGAUCUAAAGAAGUUUAUUUUGUCCUUUAUCACUUACUACGACUGUGUUAACUUGUUAGGAUAAUUCAAUAAUCAAUGUGCCGUAUCGUAAUCAGAAAAAUGAUUCCCCUACUGGAUGAUUAUCCAUAUUCUUGAAGCUUGACAAUAGAUAUUUUCAAAUUCAGCAAUAUACAACACAUUUCACAAAGUGUCUCAUAUAUACAUAUGUAUAUCCCUUUUGUUUUCUAUCAGUUUUCUUUUGAUCUACUUGUUAUUCCUAGAGUAAAAUGUAUUUCAUAUUUUUUACAAAUUCGUCUAUUUGUUUGAUAGUGAAAACUAGAAAAAUUUCUAUUUUAUUUUUAAGAAAAAGAGAAUAGAAUGUUUAUUUGUAAUUUGAUGUUGAUAAUAUGUUCAUACACUACUCUCUCCCCUAUCCUUUUCAACUUCAAGUCACCUUUAUUGAUAACAAUAGACAAGUGCCUAUUCCCCCCUCCAUAUAUAUAUAUAUAUAUAUAUAUAUAUAUAUAUAUUUGUUUGUUUAUUCUGAUGUGAAGUUGUGUGUUAAAGUACGUACAGCCUACACUACUGAUUAAUUUGUUUUGUAAACAUGUUUACCAAAUUUUUUCUUCUCGAAGGCAUUAUAUGUCCAUGUAAUAUUUUAUUCACUGAACGAUUAUGUUUACUCUCCUGUGUAACUACUAUCAUUUUGGUGUAUUGCACAUAAUUGUGUAUGUUCAAUUAAUAUCAUUCCAUUCAUUGAUAUUUCCUUUCUUGAGAGAAUGUCAUAUUUGUGUUUUGUGUGUAUUUACCUUGAUUCUAUACAUUUAUUUUAAUUUACUCUCUUGUUGUUUAUUAAGAGGAUUUCAAUUUUCUAUCAAUAAUCAUGGUUUUCUAUUAUAGAUUUAUGUUGAUGAUGUUUGUUGUGUAUAAUUUUGUUGUUGUGUUAACUACUAUCAUUAGUUAUUUAUUGCACUUCCUUGUAUUAUUGUUAUAAAUUACACAACAGUAAUAAUGAUAAUAUUUAUGUCAUAAAUUUUUUCCUUUGAUUUUUAAUUUAUUCUUCUGUUGUUGUGUACAUUUUACAUCUUCGAAAGAAAAAAUAAUUAAGUCCACUUAUUUCUUACCAUCUGUACACAUUAUGUUCAUUAUCCAAUUCAUUACUCUUUCUUCCUUUUCACACCACUGUAUAUUAUUCUAAUUUAUCUCUUUUAAAACGAAAAAUAUUUUUGUAAUAUAAUUGUUAUACUCUUCAGAAUUGUAGUUGUUUAAUUUUUUUUUUGAAUGGUAACCAUUUUGUUUUGUUCCUAUAUAUUUUACAGCAAGGCAAGGAUAAUAGUAUUUUACCGAAUGAAGAGUUCAACAAAAUUUUCAUUCUAUCCACACAUUGAUAGUCAAUUGAUAAUAGAUAGGUUAUUUAUCAACAGUUCGUUACGAUUGCUCAUAUUCUUUAUUUGUUAUUAUUUCUAGAUUAUUUUUUAUUCUCUAAAGUGGUCCCUCCUCUUCAAUUGGAUCCUUUCUUUGCGAGUUUGUAUGUGUGUGCCUGUAUGCGUGCCAGCGUAUAUAGUGUCUUUCAUUCUUUAGCAUCACUAAAAGGAAACUUUAUUUACGUGAUCAUUAGUGCCUGGUUUUUGAAAAGGAUAAACUGAACAUUUUUAUUAUUAUAGAAAAAGAGAAAGGAUGAGACUAACCUGUCCACAUGGUUAUGAUCAAUUAUUUUUAAAACAACCAUUUAUUUGUCAUUAACUUGUUCUGUGUAUAUAUACUGAUAUAGUGUACACUAUCAAUAGGCACGAUGUCUUUGUAAUUGUUAUCGAUCAGUCUACUACUGAUGAUCAAAUAUACUAAUACAUAAUAUUCUUUACUAGUGUGUCUUUUGUUGUGAAAUUAAUCCUGAAUUUAUCUUUUGAUUUUUUUACAAUAAACAGCACGUCCUUGUUGACACACACACACAUAUAUCUCACCUACUUUUUUCCUAGUCAUUCCAUCUUCAUCAGCGGUUACCAAGUGUCUUCUAUUUUCUUACUUAUAGUACUUAUUACUAACAUCGAUGUUCUCUGCUUCAUGUUGUAUAACUUGUUAUAUUUUCUCGCACAUACUGCUUAUUUUUUUACAUUGACUUCUUUUUGUCUGUACAAUACCCAUUGUAUAAUUUUUUUCACCCUGUCUUGAGCGCCUGUUUAUGUAUCUUGGAACUUUAUUAUUCAGGUGAGCUUCUAUUUUCUCCGUGAGGAUCACUUUGAUUGUUUAUUGACUAAAUGGGAAUCACCGGUGUUCCUUGAUAUGUUUUUUACUCCUAUUUCACAUAACAGAACAGAAUUAUCAAGGUUAUAUAUAUAUAUAUAUAUAUAUAUAUAUAUAUAUAUAUAUAUAUAUAUAUCUGUGUUUAUAUUGUAUCAUAUAAUAUGCCUUGCUUUGUUUAAG